GUUCAUUUUUAUACUUCACUGGUAGAGGAGGGUUGUUUGGCUACUUUUGUUAUUAUUAUUUUUUUCUUCUGUAAACACACCAAAAAAUGUCUAAUAAACAAACAUCCACAUCUACCAUGAUAUAUCAGCCACAACAGCAGACACCACGAGCGCAAGAUCAACGUAUAACUUUAAUACGAAAUGUUCGUAAACAUCCUCGACUGUACAAAAGUGAAUUUUUGCAUACGCCAUUUUUACAUCGUCAUGAAAAGCAACAAAUAUGGGAUAGAAUUGCUCAAGAUUCGGGAUUUGAGAAAACCGAAGAUGCCAAAUGUAAAUGGCGCUCCUUAAUCAAUUAUCUGCGACAGCAUCUGGAUAGUGUGGCACAAAGAAAAUUAAGACGUUAUAUACCAGUCACCGAAAAUCCCGAAGAUAAAUAUGUACAAUUAACUGACUGGUCCUUCUAUAAUGAGCUGGAAUUUGUAGUGCCAUAUGUUAAAUAUGCUGCCAGUAAACAAAGCAAUAAUGGAGGAGGAAAUCACAUGGAAAUAUCAGCCAAUGAAAUAGAUCUGAUCUUAGAGGGAAUAGAAGCAGAAGUCGAUAAAAGAAAUGAACAGCAGCAGCAGAAAACUGAAAAUGAUUUUACAUUACAACUGGAACAGGAACUAGCUAAGGAAGAAGAACAAGUAGAAAAACAGCCUUCUAAUGGGGAUAGUAAAUUAAUGUUAUUAUCUAAUAAUGAUAAUGCUUUAACAGAUGAUGAUAUUAUAUUAAAAGAAUACUUUGAAAAUAUGUUAAAGUCUACCUUAAAACUGCCGCGAUUUCAUCAAAAUCGUAUAAGACAAAAAUUAUUAGAUUGUAUAAAUGAACAAAAGGAUAUAAAUAAAAUUAAUUAGAUCUCUA